AGAGAGAUUCGCCCAAUGGCGUCAGGAGUGGAGACUGAGACUCGCCCAGAGACCCUGGAGUAUGAGGAGGAGGAAAAGGAACGACCCCUGACUGCGGCCGAGGCGCUGGCUGCCCAGAAACGAGAAGAGAGACUGAGGAAGUUUCGGGAGCUGCACAUGAAAAGAAAUGAGGCCCGAAAAUUAAAUCAUCAGGAGGUUGUGGAGGAAGAUAAAAGGCUCAAGCUGCCAGCCAACUGGGAGGCUAAGAAGGCUCGUUUGGAAUGGGAGCUACAGGUUGAAGAAAAGAAGAAGGAAUGUGCUGCAAGGGGAGAAGAUUAUGAACGAGUGAAAUUACUGGAGAUCAGUGCUGAAGAUGCAGCAAGAUGGAAGAGAAAGAAGAAGAGGAAGAACCCAGAUUUGGGCUUUUCAGACUAUGCAGCUGCUCAGUUACGCCAAUAUCACCGAUUAACCAAGCAGAUCAAACCAGAUAUGGAAGCAUAUGAAAAACUGAGAGAAAAAUAUGGAGAAGAAUUCUACCCAACAUCCAAUAGUCUUCUUCAUGGAACACAUGUACCUUCUACAGAAGAAAUUGAUAGGAUGGUUGUAGAUCUAGACAAACAAAUUGAGAAACGAGAAAAAUACAGCCGGAGACGUCCUUAUAAUGAUGACUCUGAUAUUGACUACAUCAAUGAAAGAAAUGCCAAAUUCAACAAAAAAGCCGAGAGAUUCUAUGGAAAGUAUACAGCUGAAAUCAAACAGAAUUUGGAAAGAGGAACAGCUGUUUAAACUUCAGGAAAUAUUGAACUUGGUUGUAAAUUGAGUCUUCGGGUAAAUUACCACCAGUGAACUGUACAAAUAAAGGAUUUCUACUCUU